UGGUCCUAGAAGGAAGCUAAGCUCGCUUAAAUUACACCUCCCAAAUAUUAAAAACUAAAAAACCCCUCUUGGCCACUGCAAUCUCAAGCAAUUUUGGUCUUCUUAAGUCUCCUUGUUACUCCUAUUAUUAUCAUUAUUAUUGUUUUUACAGGUAGAGAGAUACAUAUAUAGAUAUAGAGAGAAUAUAUCUCCGACAUGCUCACUUCUCAUCACCUUCCUACCCAUUUCAUUGCACUCUACCCUGUCCAAUCUUUCUCUAUAUCUCCACAGAAACACACCCUCUUUGUCAACAAAAACAACCUUAUUCUCCUCGUCAUCUUCAGAGAUGGGUUUGAGUACAAAACAGGUUUCUAAUGAUCACGGGCUUGAUUGGGGCCAGACCCUUUCGCCCUCUGGUGCUCUGGAGUUGCCCGAACCACCACCGGUGAGGCGACAACAACGGCAACAACAACAAUCGGAGCAGUUGGAUUGUCCCAGGUGUGGCUCUACUAACACAAAGUUCUGCUAUUACAACAAUUACAACAAGUCUCAGCCUCGCCAUUUCUGCAAAGCUUGUAAGAGGCAUUGGACUAAAGGUGGCACUCUUCGUAACGUCCCCGUGGGCGGUGCUCGCAAAAAUAAGCGGCUCAAAACAUCAAACACUUCCUCCUCCACCACCACCACCACGACGGCGGCCACAAAUAAGAGUAAUACUAAUUUGGGUGUGCAGAGUCAGCAACAAUGUCAAGAUCACCUUUCUCUAGAGAACGAUGAUCAGAAAAAUUUCUCAGACAUUUUCUAUCAAUCCUUGAUUCAUCCACCAUCUUCAAUUCAACAUGACACCGUCAACAAUGGGUUGUUUAUGGGUUCAACUUUAUCGUUGCCACAGAAUCAGAAUCUAAACUUUCCCUUUACGAGCUUGGGGUCUAUUGACACCAACCCAUCUUCAAUUUCGACUUCGUUUCAGUCCUCGAAUGUUUAUAACUUCACUGGAGGGUUGACAAGUAUGGAGGAGACAACUGUUGGCUCCAUCAUGUCCAGCACAAGCAGCAGCAACAUCAUUUCUCUGCCAUGGCAAGUUCCUAACACAAGCAGUGUCAUGGACAUUCCAAACUACUGGAAUUGGGAAGAUAUUGAUACGUUUGGCGCCUCAGCUGAUCUCAAUAUACCAUGGGAUGAUAAAGAGAUCAAACCCUAAAGAUCAAACAGUGUCUUGGUAGAUCAUCAAUUUGGGUGAAUGGGUGUCUGUUUUUGAUAAUGGGUUGCCUUUUUUUUUCUUUUCUUAAAAGUCUUCUUGUUAGAUGAGGGCGUGCCUUGGUCCGAAUCAAGAAAACAGCCUAGACCCUGGGGUGGGACUAGCCCUUUUAAGUCUUAUUAUUGGAUGUUACUUAUAAUAUCACCAUAUUCAAUAUGUAUGUGACUCUGUAUUAAGUCAUGACAUCUAUUGUAGUCCCUCUCAGUCUGUAACUAUUAAUAGUGAGAUGUAUAGUGUUUGAAGCUGUCCUUUUUAGUUUCAGCUUCAGGCUAGUUAAGGUGUUCAUUAAUGCGCU